CAUUUCCUCGCUUACCCUUGCAAGCAACACUUCUUUGUGUGAUGGGGUUCUGGUAGGUCGCACAAUCAAGGUGCUGAUCGGCGCGUGUGAGCAGCGCGCAACCAGGGGUGCAACGGGAAAGACGACGGGCGCGACGGAAGCCUCCAAUUGGCUUGAAGUCGUCUACACAUAAAUAAUUCAAAUUGGAGCGCUGCUGUAUUUCCCAACAGUGGCUUACGGAUGGCCGGCGCCCUGGUAUUCUCAGCUUGGAUUUCGGUCCUCUUACUGCUGGCGGCAGAUGCACCUCAAACCUUUGCGGCAAUCGAUUGCCCAGUGGUCCCUGGCUACACCUUCUACCCGCGAGUGCAGGAGGUGCCCGGGUCGCUGAACCUUUCUUCCCCCACCUCUAAUGCCAGCAGCAUGACGCCUGCCAGCAUCGCAGCCGCUUGCGACCAAACACAGUUCUGUAACGGCUUCCAUACCAGCGGGUCGCUCAAGCUGCUCCCCAUGGCGCCGGUUCUCUCUCCUGUGAUGAACGGCACUAGUACAGGCAACAACGAGUCGUCCUGUGUUGGAAUCUAUUACUCCAAUCGCACACUCUCUGGACUUAGCUUGCCGGAUGGCUUGAGCUUUGAGACCGUCCGUCAGACCGGAGAACAAAAAGUGCAGGGCAUGAUGGCCACGAUCGCUGUGGCGGAAACGGUGGCAUCAAUGUUCAAGGACCAGGGCGUUGACGACCUGACCAAACUGCCAGAAAGCAUCUUGCUUCAAGCUGUAGCAUCCACCGUGGCAGCUAUCAGUCGCGAAGGCAACAGCAGCAACUCUAACUCCUCAGACUCCAUCACAUCCGACGGCUUACUCUCAGCCCUGCUGUAUCCAGUCUGGGACUCAAGAUCCGUUAAUGGCAGUAACUACAUCAGCCCAGUCAAGGACCAGGGCGGGUGCGGCUCGUGCGUUGCAUUUGCGGUAACCGGUGCUGCGGAGGCGGCCGUCGCAGCUGCGAGGAAGACGACUGUAAACAGCAAUGACUACUCCGAGCAAUGGCUUUUCUUUUGCAACGGCAUGUCCUCAGCUGCCUUUCCAAACUGCGACUCCGGUUGGUUUGCAACCGCGGCAGCGAAAGUUGUCGUCACCAAGAAUAUCCCGUACGAACUCAAUUAUCCAUACACUGGUUCACGAGGCUGCGCACUUGGAUCGCCACCAGAGCGGCGAGCCGAGGGCGGUUUCAAAGAUACCGCGUACACUGAUAUCACACAGGCAAAGCAGCAUAUUCGUAUGUACGGGGCUGUGACUUCAUAUUUUGCCGUAUACGGAGACUUUUUCCGAUGGAGAGCAUCCUCACCGCCAUAUGCUUGGGAUGGCAUUAGCGCGCUAGCUGGCUAUCAUCAAGUCCUUGUCGUCGGCUAUAAUGAUAUCGGGUCGUACUGGAUUGUUAAGAACAGCUGGGGCACCCGCUGGGGAGACAAUGGUUUCAUCCGCAUCUCGUACAGUGCCAAUGUCGGCUUCAUGUCAGGUUAUGUUGGCAGUAUCAUUGGACUUCGAUGGGAGGCAGCACCUCCACCACCGUGGCCACUUCCGUCACCACCAUUGGUAUCACCACCACCGCCAUCACCAUCACCGCCAUCAUCACCACCGCCUCCACCACCACCAACAUGCCAGAAGUCAGCCAGCUACUACUGGAACGAGGCAACGAACCCGCUUGGACCCAAUCGUUGCAACCCUGCCGGACGGGGCUGUGAAUGUGAUGGACUGCGCACUUGUUCCUCUUAUGGCUGGUGUCAAGGAAUUUCCAGACCAUCCCCGCCCCUACGAUCACCACCACCAUCACCACCGCCUCCAGCAGCAUGCCAGAAGUCAGCCAGCUACUACUGGAACGAGGCAACGAACCCGCUUGGACCCAAUCGUUGCAACCCUGCCGGACGGGGCUGUGAAUGUGAUGGACUGCGCACUUGUUCCUCUUAUGGCUGGUGUCAAGGAAUUUCCAGACCAACUUCGCCACCGCCUCCAGCAGCAUGCCAGAAGUCAGCCAGCUACUACUGGAACGAGGCAAAGAACCCGCUUGGACCCAAUCGUUGCAACCCUGCCGGACGGGGCUGUGAAUGUGAUGGACUGCGCACUUGUUCUCAAUAUGGCUGGUGUCAAGGAACUGCACGAACCCGGCGUGCCCUGCGUUCGUUUUUGAGCAACUUGAGCAACGGCAAUCGUAGGGUCAAUUAACCCCAGCAAUCCUGCGAAUGACUGCGGGUGCAUCGGCAGCAGCAGGAGGGUCAUGGACAGUGCCAGAAGUUUGCAUGCUUCUUUACUCCAGCCGCAGUAGUCAAGUGCUACUUGGAGCUGGCCCACGAUACAUGAAUUGGCCAUUGUUGUGUAUGUCCAAAAGGUACUUAAACUGAUGCCCCGUUUUCCUCAGGUUCGACUCGCGAGGCCUUGCAGGCAUCUUGUCAAGUGUCAGUUGUGAGUCCGAGUGGGGUGGUAGAAAAUAAGAUGUCGGAAGUGCCAAGCUUCAGCCUAGCUGGCAGCAGACAACGGACUGGCCUUUCGUGCCUCAAAUACCUACCUUGCCACGCAGGCAGGGACGAAGACACAUUUUGCUGCAUGAUUAUGUAUAUUAGGUUAGGGACUACUGCUAAGGCACAGACCUUUAACCCCGGGAGAUUUCGGGAUCGAGACCUGUUAGAGUCGGAAAUCCUCUGAUGGUGGAAGGUUGAGUUGCCUUGGUCGAUGGACGGUGGUGACCUGGGAUAUAGUGAUCUUGCGAAUUAUCUAGGAUUGAAGUUGGGCCACCGUCGAUCUGGCAGAUUCCGUUGGAUGCUGGUGGUGGGUGCGGAACCUGAGCGAUCCACUGAGAAGUUGACUAGAGUGACUGGAUGAGGGUGCCCCGAAAUACCGGGGAAGGCAGGGUCUGCCGUGUA